AUGUAUAAAAAAAAUCGCAUUUCUGUUAAAGAAAUCCAAAACAAAAAAGUCGAAUUUCUUCCAGAUGAAUAUGAAAAUUACUGCAGAAUCCUGGAUCCCAUCGGUGAGAAAGGAGUUUUAUUUUGUAAACAGAAAGCUGUUGUUCGUAAUCAAUUGGUAGAAUUGAGUCAAAGUGAUGAUAAGAUUAUGAGCGCUGCCUACCGGUAUUGCACCGAACUAUGCAAGCUGCAAAUUCAAACCCAACAGCCCCUACACAUAUACAACAACAUAGCUAUCAAAAACGAACCUAACAAAUCAGAAAUCGAAAAAACACCUAUGACUAUUCAAGAACCUGAAGACUCUCAAAACAUGCUAUUGGUUAUGAGAAAUGAACACGAAAAAAAAGAGGAGAUGAUCGCGUAUUUGGAAGCUGAAAUACAAAGGAAGGAGAGUCAAUAUAACAAGUUAAGCUUCGAGUUCAAUAAGAUUGUCAAGAUUCUAGAAUUGGAAAACGACGAAAGACAUCAAAUAUUGAAAAAAAUCAAGGCGGAAAUCGAUA